UUUACUCCAUCCCAGCGCAGCGCUGCCGGUGGGGCGGAACACCACUCAUCGACCCAGUUGGUUUCUAGGAACCGCCGAUAGACCUGGCACGCCACCGUGUUUUUUCACUAAAUCCUUGUUAGUUUGAUUAGAUCGCUACUCUAUCCGUAUCUCGAUACACAAUGGGAGAGCGAGAGGACCUAGUUUACCAGGCAAAACUUGCCGAACAGGCAGAACGAUAUGACGAGAUGGUGGUUUCUAUGAAGAACGUGGCGGGCAUGAAUGUAGAGCUCACAGUGGAGGAGAGGAACCUACUAUCAGUGGCCUACAAGAAUGUGAUUGGAGCUCGGAGAGCCUCCUGGAGGAUAAUCAGCAGUAUCGAACAGAGGGAAGAGAACAAGGGUGGAGAAGAGAAACUGAAGAUGAUCCGGGAAUACAGGCAAACGGUUGAGAAGGAGCUGAAGUCAAUCUGUGGUGAUAUUCUGGAUGCACUGGAGAGGCACCUACUCCCCUCUGCUGUCAUGGGCGAGUCUAAGGUCUUCUACAACAAAAUGAAGGGUGACUACCACAGGUAUCUGGCAGAGUUUGCCACUGGAAACGACAGAAAGGAGGCAGCAGAGAACAGCUUGGUGGCCUACAAAACCGCUACCGAUCUAGCCAUGUCGGAGCUGCCUCCCACACACCCCAUUCGCCUCGGCCUUGCCCUCAACUUCUCCGUCUUCUACUACGAGAUCCUCAACUCGCCUGACCGUGCUUGCAGGUUGGCGAAGGCUGCGUUCGAUGACGCCAUCGCAGAACUGGACACACUGAGUGAAGAAAGCUACAAGGACUCCACACUUAUCAUGCAGUUGUUACGUGACAACCUGACACUAUGGACUUCAGAUAUGCAGGGAGAAGGUGAAGAACAGAACAAAGAGGCACUGCAAGACGUUGAGGAUGAGGCCCAGUGAGACUAUGCCACCAACAGCCAACAACUUGAGACCCUCCCCUCACCUCCUCACACUCCUCGUCCCCUCCACCCCUCCACCUUUGUCCUCCUCAUCCCCUCCCCCUCCCCU